AUCGCGUGCAGUUAGUGUUGCAAACUGUCAACUAGACGUUUAUUUAUUUGCAUAGUUUAUAAGGUAUUUUUGCAAUGGAACCAAAAACUCACAAAUAUUUCAGUAUUCCUGCUAAGUACAGCGGCAGCACCGUCGAAGACUUGGAGUUAAGCAUACAGAAAUAUGGUGACAAUGUUGUCCGCAUGCAGUUGCUUAAUCGAGUACAUAAAAAACAAUGCGGAACACAGCUAAAACGAUUUUUAUUGCUAGCCGGCUUGGCGUCUCUUUACUAUGGCUGCAUUUUGGCAGUGAGUGAGAAAAAUGCCAAAAUCCACCAAGCUCACAUUCUGUAUCCGGCUCUGUUGUGGUUAGUGCUGGCCUUCAAAAUAGUACGCACCACUCUCGACUUGGUACAUUCCGAAAAGAUCUUUUAUAGCUGGGAUAUGGCAUUGCAAACUGAAACAGUUCGAACUUUUGGUCGCAAAUCUGUAUUUUGCGUGCAACGGGGUCAUCUACAUGACAUUGUGCUUAAUGAAGUCAUCGAGAAUCUGGAUAUUAAAUACAUGUUAAUACUGCGCACCAAGGGCAGCAUGUUCAACCAGCGUCCCAUUAUUCCACUUUUUAAUAGUCUGUCGCCUUCAUUCGAGUGUCUGAAGCAGAUUCAUCGUAUUCUACAUGGCUAUUGGCUUAAUAAUAACUUAAAUAAAGCGAAGAAAGACUCCAGAGCCUAGAGCACGGAGCUGUUCAUCACAUCCACAAUAUCGAUCAUUUUCUC